AACGCGGUACACGAUAAACACAGACACAUUAGUACUAUAUUUGUUUCAAGCUCGUAGGGUUUUAACUUCCUCUUUUUAGCUCCUCUCUUUCUCUCUUCUAAGCCGAAAUACUCAAACCCCUCUUCUCUUUUUCACAUUUGUUCAGUAAAUUUUUCUGAAAAACCCAAUUUGUUAGUGUAUUUUUGGUACAAAAUAGGUAGAAAAUUAUUGAGUAAUCUUGAAAUUGCUUCAAUUUUGAUAUUGAGUCGAAAAAUAUAACCCCCUUUUCUCGGUUUUCAUAUUUGUUCAGUGAAUUUCUUCUGGAAAACCCAAUUUGUUAGUGCAUUUUAGUACAAAAAAGGGAGAAGAUUAUUGAGUGAUCUUGAAAUUGCUUCAGAUUUUGAUAUUGACUCGGAAAUCAAACCCCUUUUCUUUUUUCUGGUAUUUGUUCAGUGAAUUUUUGCUGGAAAUUCCAAAGUUUUUCAGUAAAUUUUUACUGAGAGAUCUAAAUUUUUUAGUGAUUUUUUGCUGAAAAAUCGAAGUUGUUAGUGUAUUUUUGGUUGGGAAAGUGAUAAAAUAGUUAAAAGUAAUUUUGAAAAAGGUUUGGAAUUUGAUAUCGAAGUUGAAAAUCCAAACCCCUUUUGCUCCUUUUUCAUAUUUGAUUAGUGAAAAAGCCCAAUUUGAUUGAUACAUUUGUAGUAGAAAAAAGGGUUAGAUUUUGAUAUUUUAGUCGAAAGUUCAAACCCAUUUUCUCCUUUUUGAUAUUUGUAGUGGAAAAAAGGGAGAAAAUAUUUAAGUAAUUUUGAAAAAGUUUUGAUUUUGAUACAUUUAUGUGGAGAGUGUAAGUAGGAUUUUAAUGGGUGAAGCUGCAAUUGAUAGAAUGGAGGAGAAUUUGGGGAGAGAAUUUGAGGAUAAUUCAUCGUCAUCAUUGUUUCAUAGGAAGAUUGAGUUUCAUUUAGCGAGGAAGCCGUAUAAUGGUUUUAUAAGUGGGAAGAACAAUGGUGGGUUUCAGCUUGAAACACUGAACCCGAAUACGGAGACUAGGAGAGAAAAUGGGACAGUUGUAGGUGUUGGGAAAAAGGGUGGCAAUGGCGGUGAUGGGGCGAUGAUUGAGAGUAGUGGGAUGGAUCCGGAAGUGAGCUUUGGCAUUGCUUUCAGAAAGAUCAUGAGAAUUGGAGCCGGCUUGCAGAAUCUUGGGAAUACCUGCUUCCUCAAUUCAGUAUUACAGUGUCUGACAUACACUGAGCCAUUAGCAGCAUAUUUGGAAAGUGGGAAACAUCAAAGUUCCUGUCGUAUGGCUGGUUUUUGUGUUUUGUGCGCCAUCCAAAAGCACGUGAGUCGUGCUUUGCAGGCAACUGGGAAAAUACUGGCGCCCAAGGAUCUUGUGUCAAACUUGCGAUGCAUAUCCCGGAAUUUUCGAAAUGCGAGACAGGAGGAUGCACAUGAAUACAUGGUGAAUCUGCUUGAGUCGAUGCAUAAAUGUUGCUUACCUUCAGGAGUGCCAAGUGAAUCCCCCAGUGCUUAUGAGAAAAGUUUGGUUCAUAAGAUAUUUGGUGGGCGUCUUCGCAGUCAGGUGCAGUGCAUGCAGUGUAAAUUUUGCUCUGACAAGUUUGAUCCAUUUCUGGAUUUAAGUCUAGAAAUCUUAAAGGCAGAUUCACUAUACAAGGCACUUGGCCAUUUCACUGCCGGAGAGUUAUUAGAUGGUGGUCAGAGGCAGUACCAGUGUCAGCAGUGCAAACAAAAAGUGAAGGCUACCAAACGGUUAACAAUUGACAAGGCACCUCAUGUCCUAACCAUCCAUUUGAAGAGAUUCGGUUCGCAUGUCCCUGGGCAAAAGAUUAAUAAGAAUAUCCACUAUGGGUCUACUUUAGACUUGAAGCAUUUCGUAUCUGAUACAUAUGGUGGUGAAAUGAAGUACACUCUCUAUGGUGUGCUGGUUCAUGCCGGUUGGAGCACCCAUUCUGGUCAUUAUUAUUGCUUUGUUCGCACUUCAAGUGGAAAUUGGUACUCCCUCGAUGACAAUCAGGUGGUUCAAGUGAGUGAGAGAAAGGUGUUGGAGCAGAAGGCAUACAUGUUGUUCUAUGUUCGGGAUAAGAAAUCUCCUGUGCCUAAGAAGUCGGUAGAUGUUGCCCGCAAUGAUAAUGUGAUUACUAAUGGCUUAGGAAAUAAAAUGUAUUCUAAUAACAGCCAGAGAUUUAAGGAUACUGCAGAAAAUGGGUUUCAUGUGAAGAAUGUGGAUCCCUUAUCUGGCGCCAAAGAUCAAAGGGAGACAUUAAGUGCCGAAGUUUCAAAGGGAACUUCAAUAAAGGAUCCGGCACUCGCAAAGGUUAAUGGUGCAAUAGUUAGUGGAUCGUCUUCUCUUGGAGGGGCUAUACAGCCAGAAACUUUGUUGAAAGUUCCAGAAACAGGUGACGGAGUAAAGGAUCUUUCUGUUGUAGAAGCAAGCGAUGGACCAUCCUCGACUAAAGCUAAUCCAGAUGUUCCAGUCUCCAAUGGAAUUCAUAGACUUGAUAAUGAGGGGAAACAAAGAUGCGAAAACUCUACCCCACCACCUGAUAAUGGUGAUGUAAUCGUCAAAGAUCUGACUUGUUCUGCUGCAAUACCAUUUGGCUCUAGCAUCGUAAAAAAUGUCCAAGAUGCAAGUACUCCUGAAAAGCCAUUGAACGUAGAUCUCCACAAACAAGUGGAAUGCAGCAAGGCAGACACCAACUCGCGAGUGGUAAAAGACAUCUCCAAUGGUGGUUUAGGUGUAUCGGCUGUUGAAGUUAAUAAUGAUGUUGGACAGAGAAAACCAGGUGCUGAAACAGUUGAAGUAGUGAACCAACCAGCUGUGACUAGCUCGACAGAAAAGGAAGCUAUUGGCAAGACAUGCUUGAAAGCCAAAAAGAAGUCUUUCAAGAGCCGUGUCGCUAAGAUGCAUCUCAGUUUUAUGAUCUUAGAUCCGGUCUUGGGACUGAAAAGAAAGAAAAAACCCAAACGAAUGAAACAUGAAAGUGGAAAGAGAAAGCGUAGCAAUCCCAGUUCCUUGGAUGAGCGUAAUGUCUCCUCUGAUCUUGGGCCAUCUACAUCCAAGCUAUCCCAUACUUUGAUAUCUUCUUCAAAAUGUUCUCAAAGAAAGAAGUCAAAAGUUGGUUCCGAUGAGAAAGUUUCCAGAUUAGAUACGAAAACUGCCGGACACAAUGUAAGUCUGCUGAGGAAUACAGUUGAUGAUGCAAGGAUUGUGAACAACGGCACUGUUUUAGCAAAUGAUAAGCAACCACAAAAAAGUUCUAGCUUGACGUCAGUAGGAAAUCAAGGUGGUGACAAUAGACGGUCCACGGAUGCUAAAGAGACUAAAGUAGUUGCAACACAGAAAGGUCUGUUGGAUAUGCUUACCAGAGGUUUGGAGUCGCGCAUUGCUCGUUGGGAUGACGUGGAAGGUCCUUCCUUGAAUGGUGUAGAAGCACAGAAUGGAAAUUGUGUCACCAUCGGGUAUAUUGGGGAUGAGUGGGAUGAGGAAUACGACAGAGGUAAGAGGAAGAAGGUUAGGAGCUCCAAAAUUGAAUUUGGCGGACCAAACCUUUUCCAAGAAAUCGCAAGCAAAAAGGCAAAGGUAAAGAAAGCGAGGCUAGAGCGCUCAAGCUCAGCAAACCAGCCGUUCAGGAUAUAAUAAUGAACCCGAGAGGAGACAUAUUUUUGACUUUUAACCUAUCGAGAUACUCAACCCGAUGAGAUGACAGCGGUCUGCAUUGCUUUGGCUGCUAAGCUUAUUUUUAAGCCUACUAUUUGAAUAGGCUUUGAGCAAGUAAUGUGUAUCUUUUCUCUGUAUCUGUUUUUUUUCUGUUGCAAGUGAUUUGCCUCAGUUUUGGCUAUGUGAGGUUUAAUGUUUGUGGACAUUGGAUCAUGACUCAUGACAUUAAAUGACUUAACAUUUGUGUUUGAAAAUGUUUCACUUUCUGUUUUGUCCA